AUGGAGGAGGUGAUGGAGGAGGUGAUGGAGGAGGUGACGGAGGAGGUGACGGAGGAGUCACUAUGGCAAAACGCAGACGCCAAACCUCAGCAAAGCCCGUCCCCCAUCGCCGCAAGCGAGCGGGGAAGCCAGCGGCAGGUGUCCUUGGCCUGGAUCAGAACACUGCAGCCCUGGAACACUGCAGCCCUGGAUCAGCACACUGCAGCCCUGGAACACUGCAGCCCUGGAACACUGCAGCCCUGGAUCAGAACACUGCAGCCCUGGAACACUGCAGCCCUGGAACACUGCAGCCCUGGAUCAGAACACUGCAGCCCUGGAACACUGCAGCCCUGGAACACUGCAGCCCUGGAUCAGAACACUGCAGCCCUGGAACACUGA